UUUUUUUUCUUAAUUUCGCUUUAUAUCAUUUUAAUUAUUAUGUUUUCAUCAAUAAAUCCCGACCGAAAUAACUAUGACUCAAACCGAUAAUCGUUAACCCUCGCGUGUGGCUUCGAUAACAGCAACAACAAAAAACGCCGUAUCUGUUUCCGAGUCCGCGAACAGAACACGUCCGAAACCUGACGACCCUUGGCAAUCCUUACACCUCAUGUGACCAAAUUCACCACGUAGGAAAGUAAUCCCGGACCACUAAAACACUCAGGUCUCCCGCCAACGUUCGCCUUUGUCCAAAUAAUUCCUUGUACACGGAUACAAGGGAAUCUAGUCCCUCGUGCGUACCCUGUAACCUUCAGGCUGUGAAUCUGAAACGAGUUGUUUUGUUUGUGUAUAGUUUAACCUGUACGUACUUCGGGCUGUGAAACCCGGGCGAGAUUUCUUUCGGUUUUUGUUUUAUUCUUGUAGGCUUUGCCUAUGCUAUCAUGAUCUACUUCCGACGAUCUCAAAUAAGACUAAACCCACAUUCAAAUACUCAAAGAUUCUCAAUUUUACUCCAUUGUGCUAUGUAGUUACCAAGCCCCUCAGGGUUCAUUUCCCUAGGCCGAAAAUAUACCACAGCGUUGGCACAGCCUUCCUCUAACCCUCCAGGUGUUGCCACUCGCUUGUGACAGUUGGUGGGCGUCAGCCAAGUACCGUCACACCUUCAGCCUAUACAAGGUCAGGCCCUUUCCAAGAUGUCCUCCGUGUCCCUGCAGGAGCUGUGGUGCCAGUGCCAGGGCAACGCCAGCGCCACGCCUCACCUGCUGACCAUCCAGCAGAAGAUGCUGCAGCUGCACGAGGAGGCCCAGAGUCACGUGGUGUGGUACGUGCUCGCCGUGCUGGCCCUGUACCUGCUCGGCCUCGCCCUCAUCAUCGGCACCUCCGCCCGCUCCGAGCGCCUCAACGCCCACGCCGCCCUCUGCUUCUGCCUGCGCCGCUUCCUCUCCGCCGUCAUCGCGCCCGUCAGCAGGCAGGGCGAGCGGCAGCAGCAGGAGAACCCGAAGAACCCGAAGAACCCGAAGAACCCGAAGGCCCUCAGUUCGCCGAGCAAAGGACGGUCCUCGAUCAGCGUCGUUUCCAGGCCCUCGCUCGAUGCCCAUUUCAGGUGCAAUUCUUGGCCGCCCGAGAGAGCGCCGAGGGGGACGGUGCCGCUGUGGUGAUGCCCCUGAGGUGAUGCCCCUGGGUGAUGCCCUGUGGUGAUGCCCCUGAGGUGAUGCCCCUGAGGUGAUGCCCCUGUGGUGAUGCCCCUGAGGUGGUGCUUCUUUGGUGGUGAUGUCCCUGGUUUAAGGCAUUGCUUGUACCGCAUCAAUAGCCUUAAAACGUUGCUCUAGAAGUAUUAAUAUUUAAUCAUCUCUUAAUUUCAUAUUAUUUAUACUUAAUUCGCUCAUAUCUCCUGUCAGGGAACACGUGUAUAUUGCAAAGGGGAAUCCAGUUGCAGCAUGACCAAAGAUGGUUCUCAAAGGCCCCUUAUUAAUAAAUAUGAUACUGAUCCAA